AUGCGUGCAUUAAACUAUUAUUCUGAUUUAAUUAAAAUGAUGGAGGAGGCUUACACUCUUCUACCAUCUUUGAAUCAUGAAUCUAGUGAAAUCAUUGAUAAGUGGAUGCGAAUUAGUAGUGACAAUAUUACUGCAUUGAACAGACAUUUGCAAUCGAGUGGUUUAUCGGUUGGUGAAAAACAACGAAUUCAAUCGAUAAUUGCAGCACUCGCAACAUUACAUGAAAAGUUUAUAAAUCAUUCAAUCGUUGGAGGAAGCCUUCAAUCAACAGAACAAUUGAUUCGAUGGAAAGAUUUAGAAAAUAUUUUCCAAAAUCGAAUUCGCACUGGUGUUGUCAUUAACUUGCAACAUUUAAAUUUACGAGACGUCUUAUUGGACGCUGAAAAGCUAAUUACCGAAAAGUUGACAGAUAUAGUAACAAGUGAGGGAAAUUUAGAAGUGAACUUUGUCCUUGCUUGUAAAUUCAGUAAUCAAACAAAUAAUGGAACAGUUGUAGGAAUUAAGUAG